UCCCUUAAUUGCUGAAAUUUUUGUUGAAUUUUCAACAAUUUAGCAAUUCAACAGUUUAGGGAAUACCCUAAUAAUAUUGCAAAUUUUCAUUUCCCUUGCUGACGUAAAGAUGGUCGGUACUGAACAGUUUCGGUAUAUUUACACCUGGCCAUUAGGCCAACUUGUAAUAGUGCACCCACGGUCACACUGUUUAAUUUUGGCUAUAUUUAUUAUUGUUAAAAUUGGAGCAAUGCCAGCUGCUGUGCGCAAGUUCCGCCGCGAGACCAGCGAAAUCAGCUGCUGCCUGAAGUACCUUCUGUUCGCCAGCAAUGUUAUCCUUUGGAUCUCAGCCCUGCUAGUCCUGUCGGUUGGCAUCUGGGCUUGGAGUGAGAAGGACAUGUUCCGCAACAUUACUCGCCUGCACUUCAUCGCUCUGGACCCUGCCUUUGUCCUGAUCAUCCUGGGCGGCGUAACCUUCCUGCUGGGCUUUAUGGGCAGCGUGGGCGCCUUGCGCGAGAACACUUGUCUCUUGGCGGCGUAUGCUAUAUUUUUGAGUGUCCUGCUCCUCGCCGAGAUCGGAUUCUGUGCCGUGGCUUUCGUGCUUAAGGACAAGGGCUGGAUCAAGGACCAGGCCACCGAGGGAUUAAAGGCCUUUAUCCGUCACUAUCGUGAGGACGCAGACCAACAGAAUCUCAUUGAUUGGAUCCAGGAGGACUGGUUACAGUGCUGCGGCAUUGAUGGACCUAAGGACUGGGACAGCAACAACUACUUUAACUGCUCGUCCAUCGCUAUUGGCAGCAGGGAGGCGUGCGGAGUGCCAUUCUCCUGCUGUCGCAGGCGUCCCCAUGAGCUAAUCAAGAACAAGCAAUGCGGCUACGAUGUGCGCAAGGAGGGAUAUCCUGUGGAUAGGAACAUUCAUGAACGUGGGUGUUUGCGCGCUGGCGAAGAUUGGCUGGAGGCACAUCUAAUUAGUGUGGCGACUUGCUGCGUGGCCUUGUUAGUCGUGCAGGGCAUGGAGCUGUCUAAAAUAAUCUAUGAAAAGGGCUGUGUUCAAGCUGGAGAAGAAUGGAUGGAACACAAUUUGAUUAUUAUUUCCACCGCUGUUAUUGUUGUAAUGUUUUUUCAGAUCCUGGGAAUUUGCUUUGCUCAGAACCUACGCGUCGAUAUCUACACUCAAAAGUCAAAGUGGCACUGACAAAUCGCUCUUGCUGCCCCAACAGCUAUUUAGAAAGACAUCCUACGCGGCGGAGGAUUGAAGGAACUUUUGGGUAAGCAACUUCGAGCAUCUCCUACCUUGAACAAGAAUCUGUAACUACUACUCUGCGCUCCGGUUAGUUAACUAUUCUAUAAAUUCCGUAUUUACCCGUGUCCUAUACAUAUGUGUCUAACUAAAGAAAAUGCAUUCCGUCUUCGUGGACAUUGACUAAUAUUAACUAGGUUGCCAAAUUUGUUGCUGUUUUUAAGUCGGCGUCCCUUUUCUCAAAAAGAAAUACGAAAAUAAGAACAAAACAUUUGAAAUAGAUUUUCUAAACUUUUUACAAGGAAAGUGAAAAAUGUAUCUUGAAAUGCAGCUGUGAUAUAUUUUUAAAGAAAUGUAUAGAGAAACCGAACAUAAAUGCAACCAUUUUCAGCAAAUCGAAUGAAAAUAGCACGAAACUCAUUUCUUAACUGAACAAAAACAAACCUACCACAACAUGUAUUUGUGUUCAAAUUAAUAUUUUAAUACAUAGAUAUUUUUAUAAGCGAAGAACAACCUCCUUUUGUGUAGGAGUUUUACAAACACAAAACGAAAAAAAAAAACAAGCUAACUUGCUAAUUAAUAUUAAUGAGCUUAAAUUAGUGCACAAAAAAUUGUAAGCUUAUAUAUAUUUUUGCAAAAACCAGUUCUAUUUGAGCAAAGAUUAAGCUAAUGUUAGUUUAUUUGCUACAACAAAAUAUAAUAUGAUUUAUAAGAAAAAAUAAGAACUGCUCCUGUACCUUUUUGAAUCUAUUUGACAAGCAUAUGUAAUUUGGGAAGACUAAUAUUUGUUAAAAAUAUUUUAAAAACCCUUUCUAAAUUGUAAUAUUCUUAUUUUUUUGUCUACAAAUGUUCAUAUGUAUGUACACCACUGCCCUGAAUAGAUUAUUACAUGGUCAACAACUGUUUUGUAAUAUAAGGUGAAACCUAUUUUUGAGUACUCUAUAAAAAUUCUUGUCUAUUAAAAAUUGUA